AACUAUAUAAGAGUCAGCUGAGCUGCCGCUCCGCAUUGCAGUAUCGACGGCAGGCUGGUUUCGGCUAUAUUCAAUUUAUAUACAAAAAGUCUUAAGUAUAUACUACUGAAAUUAAGGAAACGAGACAUGCUGUUUCUCACGCUUCUUUUUGUGUCGACAGCUGUGGCCACCCCCAUUUUGGGUACUGAGCAGUGUGCACGUGGUCCUGCCUACUGGUGUCAGAAUGUAAAGACUGCCUCAACCUGUGGUGCGGUUGUUCAUUGUCAACAGAACGUCUGGAGCAAGCCCCAGAUGAAAUCUGUGCCAUGUGACCUGUGCAAGGAAGUGGUUACUGUGGUUGGCCAGCUUCUGAAGGACAAUGCCACUCAGGCUGAGAUCCUGGACUACAUGGAGAAGGCCUGCCAGCUAAUCCCCGAGGAGAGCUUGUCCUCUGAGUGCAAGGAGAUGGUGGAUAACUACUACCCAAUCCUGAUCAACAUCAUCACUGGAGAGCUGGAUGAUCCUGGUAUGGCUUGUGCUGCCUUGGGCCUCUGUCGCUCUGAGCAGAAAGCACUGGCAGAGUCCCAGCUGCUGUCCAAUGAGAUCCCACAGGUAGACUUCCCGGAGGGUUUGUCCCCCUUCCUUCUCAAUGUCCCUCAACUGCUGUAUCCCCAGGAGGCGCCCAAACAUGAAGCCCCAAAGCCGGAGAAUGGAGAUGUCUGCCAGGACUGUGUUCAGUUUAUCACUGAUGCCCAGACACAAGCAAAGAGCAACAGCUCCUUCGUUGACUCUCUGAUCGCUCAGAUUGAGAAACAGUGUGACCUUUUGGGACCUGGAAUUUCUGACAUGUGCAAGACUUAUGUUGCACAGUAUGGACCACUGGUUUUCCAGCAGCUCAUGUCAAUGCAAGCAAAGGAUAUCUGCAGUCGUGCUGGAUUCUGUUCUUCUGUUCCUUGGGAGAAGCUGGUGGCAUCUAAGCUCAUCCCUGCAGCCAAGGUCUUUCCUGCCAUCAAGCUGGAACAGUCAACCAAAAUCAAGCCUAUGGCCCUCAAACCUGCAAUGAAGAUGGUACGUGCCCGUGAGUCUCCACAAUGUGUCGUCUGUGAAUUUGUGAUGAAGGAGGUAGAGACUCUCCUGCAGGAUGACAGAACAGAGAAGUCUGUCAUCAAUGCUGUGGAGAAGGUAUGCUCCAUCCUUCCCUCAACCAUCUCCGUUCAGUGUAAGGACUUAAUAGAGGCUUAUGGGCAGGCCAUUAUCGACCUGUUGGUCCAGGAAGCAGAUCCAAAGACCGUCUGUACUGUCCUGGGACUUUGCAAGGGUGCCAGCCGUGCCUACAUCCCGGAGAUGGACAAGGCUCAGUUUGAAGCUGGAGGCUUCUGUGACGUGUGCAAGAUGGCUGUGCGCUACAUCGAUGGGCUGCUGGAGCAAAAUGCCACAGAAGCUCAGAUUGAAGAAGCUGUAAAGAAAGUCUGCAACUUCCUGCCCGAUGCAUAUAAGCAGGAGUGUGAUCAGCUGAUUGAGCAGUAUGAGCCAGAACUGGUCCAGCUACUGCUCCAGAUGAUGGAUCCUGACUUUGUCUGCACGAAAGUGGGAGCAUGCCCUGGAGCUGUGAAGAAGCUUCUCGGUACAGAGCAGUGCAGCUGGGGACCAGCCUUCUGGUGCAAGAACAUGGAUACAGCUUAUCGCUGCAAUGCUGUGGAGCACUGCAAACGUCAUGUGUGGAACUAGGAGCAUUAGGAAGCAUCUGAGGAAAUUGGGGAGAAAUGUAGAGCUGCUUUCGUAAAUUUGGUUCCUAAAGUUUUACAGUGAUUAUUGCAAUAAGAUUUACUUUUUUAACUUGCAGGUCUGUUUUGGAAACAAAGGGAUUUUUGGAUUUAUUUCAAAAGUUUUGUGGUAUUUCUACAAGGUACUUUCGAAGCACCGAACUAGAAUCCUUACUGCAUUUUGGGUAAACUGGUCAUGAUAUGGUGGGUUGAGUGAACGUUGAGUGUUUACACUGGUUUUGUAAAGAUUUACUCCAGACAAGUGACAUUGAACAGCUAGUGCCUUGAAGGAAGAGAUUGAUUUGAUUUUAAUUGACUUGAGAUGCUGCCCCCGCAGUCAUGGAAGAGGACCUGUUAGGUCAGUGUCUGCUUUUAAUGAAGUCUAACUUAAAUCUCAUAGUAAGUUGUGUGAUUGUCUCAGUGAACCCAUAGCUAGUUAGACUGAACAGCAGUUCAGAAAUGUUACUACUGUCCACUCCCAGCUGAUCUCUUCUUUAGUGAUUUAAUUCUAAUGGGAUUUUGUUUGAUUUUCGCUUUGUUGUAAAGUGUCUAAUUUUAAAAAAAAACUCAAUUAAAAUCUGUCACUGCC